CGCCUGCUCUGAUUACUGGGUCCAGCAGGCACGCUGGAAAGCGGCUGCCGCUGCUGCCGCGGCUCUUCUUCCACCGGGGAGACACAAAAGGCAUCACGGGGGGGACACCCAGGUCUCUCCAGUGAGCAGCGGGGAGAGGAGGGCGCUGCUGCCACCACUCCGCUGGGGCUGGACGUGGCCGCCGCACCCCGAUCCCCCAGAGGAGGGAAGAAGCGGGAGAGAUCCCUGCUGCAGCAGCAGUGGGUCCCCUCCGGUCGGGUCUGCAAGAGAGAAGUUGUUCUAGAGUUACCCCUGCAGAGGAGAGUUCAGGGGAAGAAGAAAAUGGUAGCUCCCACUGGAAACUACCAUUUCCCCCCCUCCAUGACUCUUAUGGACAACUUGUAAAUGAUCUCUUAGCCCAAAUGCUUCCGUGUGGCAAGAAAUCCAUGUGGGAGGAAUCUCCACCCCACACGCUUCCAGUGAGCUUCAAAGCUUCGGCAGUCUGAAUUUAAGAACGUGAAGAACAGGGCACCGAGAAUGGGAGAUUCGCCAGUGGAUGCGGUGGAUCGAGUCGUGGACAUGUGCUGCAAAGAUACUCAGACAGAGCUUGCUGAAAGAGUUGCUGCUAUUGACGUUGCCGUGGGGCCUGACGUUGCAAGCCAAAAUGGCCAAGAGACAGUAGCCAGGGACAAUGCCACCCCCUCCUCUAAUGGUGCUGCCGAUAGCCAAAGGAAUGGUGUUGAUGUUGACUCGGGAACAUCUGAAGAAUUGGACGGGCCUCACGAGCUGGCCAUGCCCAAGAAGGCCCUAGUGAGGCCCGUCCUUUCCGGUAGGAAGUAUUCUCUUCAAGAAAGGCCGGCUGGCAACUACUUGACUUCUGCCGACACCCCUGGCUUUGGCCCAUAUGCCACAGGGCCUUCCACACACAUUUCUCCACGGAUCAUGAGGAGACCAACGAUAGAGUCCCAUCGGGUCUCCAUCUCGGAUGCCGCGGACUGUGUGCAGCUGAACCAAUACAAGCUGAAGAGUGAAAUUGGAAAGGGUUCCUAUGGGGUGGUGAAGCUUGCCUACAAUGAAAGCGACGACCGAUAUUAUGCCAUGAAAGUCCUCUCCAAGAAGAAGCUAUUGAAGCAAUAUGGCUUUCCACGCCGACCUCCUCCUCGAGGAUUGAAAGCCACCACUAGUGGGCAGCCGAAGCCAAUGGCCCCCCUGGAUCGAAUUUAUCAAGAAAUAGCCAUUUUAAAGAAACUGGACCACCUCAACAUUGUCAGACUCAUUGAGGUCCUGGACGAUCCUGCAGAAGAUAAUCUGUACAUGGUGUUUGACCUCAUGCAAAAGGGGCCUGUCAUGGAAGUGCCCUGUGACUCGCCAUUCACCGAAGAACAGGCCCGACUCUACUUCAGGGACAUCGUCUUGGGCAUUGAAUAUUUACACUACCAGAAGAUCAUCCACCGGGACAUCAAACCUUCCAACCUGCUUUUGGGAGACGACGGGCACGUCAAAAUCGCCGACUUUGGAGUGAGCAAUCAGUUUGAGGGGAAUGAUGCCCAGCUCUCCAGCACAGCCGGGACACCCACCUUCAUGGCUCCCGAAGCGAUUUCCGAUUCUGGGAAGAGCUUCAGUGGGAAGGCACUUGACGUUUGGGCCAUGGGGAUCACCCUUUUUUGCUUUGUAUAUGGAAAGUGUCCUUUCAUUGACGAGUUCAUCCUGGCUCUACACAACAAGAUCAAGAACAAGCCUGUGGAAUUCCCAGAAGAGCCCUGGGUCAACAAAGACUUCAGGAGUCUGAUUCUAAGGAUGCUAGACAAAAACCCAGAGACCAGGAUAACAGUCCCUGAAAUUAAGUUGCACCCUUGGGUGACAAAGUCUGGAGAGGAUCCUCUGCCUCUAGAGGAAGACCAUUGCACGGUGGUGGAGGUCACCGAAGAGGAGGUGAAGAACUCCAUCAAGACAAUCCCUAGAUUGCCUGCUGUGAUCUUAGUGAAAGCCAUGCUGAGGAAACGCUCCUUUGGAAAUCCAUUUGAGGCCCAGGUCAGGCGAGAGGAGAGGUCCAUGUCUGCCCCAGGGGACUUAUUAAUACAUGGUUUUCGCUUAAGCCCAUCAGUCUAUUUGCACCCAUCUCUAAGAAAACAAGGCAGCCGCGACACAAUACCGGACCCCGAUCUCCCCAACGUGAACGAAGACGAGGCGGCAUCCUGAAUCCCCCGUGCAUGAGCCUGACCCAUCCUCCGACAACUGCUGCUGUAACCACUGGGCAUGUAUAGUCUUUCAUGCCAUGCUGUUCUCAUCAACCAAAGUUUGUGACUCACCCAGAAAAAGAGAUCACGGCCCAGGCAAGGAAACGGCGAAACCCCCCAGCCAGUAUUUGGAACCAAAAUCGGUACACGAGUCAAUUGUUGACAACUGGCUGUCGCUAUCGGUUCACGCUGUACGAUGUUUGGGUGUCGUAUCCCUUGACAUGUGCCUCAUCUUCUGUCUAUGCAUCGUGUCGUAGCAUGUGGUCAGCGUAGUCUGCUUAUCUGACUCACAAAGGCGUAUCCAUUUGGUACAACGAACCCAGCAUUCUUGACUCAGGCCCAUCUCGGUUGUUGGUGCCAGUGACCUGGCUUCCUGUAUUCCAAAUUUGUUUGUUUUUUAAAAAACUUUGCAAGAUAUGCCAUAGACUGUUCAAGCGUGAUUGUGUUGACAGGAACCCAAGUUCGGGGAAUGCAAGCUUUUUUCUUUCUGGGCUUUGUCAUAUUUUUGCUGUUGACUUUCAGCUGAAAUAGGACCAGAGUUUCCAUGCUUUGUGGUACGGAUGCACCACUGCACUCUAAUGCGUUUCUUGCAUGAUGUUAAGGCUGCCAGGGGGUCCGGAGAGCCAGCCUUGUGGUAGUGAGCAUGAAUCUUUGCUGAGCAGGGUCUGCCUUGGUUUGCAUUUGGAUGGGUGGCUACAUGUGAGCACUGUAAGGUAUUCCUCUUAGGGAAUGGGGCUAUAGCUCAGUGGUAGAGCAUCUGCCUGCUUGCUUGUAGAAGGUCCCCGGUUCACUCCCUUGCAGCAUCACCAGAGAGGGCUGGGAGAGACUUCUGCCUAAAAUCUUGAUGAAGCCGCUGCCAAUCCGUGUAGGCAAUCCUGAGCUAGAUGAACCAAGGGUCUGAUUUGUGUAUCAGUUUCCUAUUUGGGGAUGGGUCCAUAGCUUAGUGGCAGAGCAUCUGCUUGCACCCCUGGCAGCAUUGUCAGGUAGGGCUGGGAAACCUGGAAUCUUGGAGGAGCCACUGCCAGCCAGUGUAGACAAUCCUGAACUAGAUGAACCAAGAGUCUGACUCAGUAUAAGGCUGCUUCCUAUGUUCCAAAGUUGAGUCAGGACAAAUGAGGUGGUUAAAAACACAAAAAUGAAUCCAAAACUCUCCACAUCCUGGAUUUUGGAACUGCAAGUUUCUGGUCUUGUUUCCCAAGCGGAUCCGCUACAUUGAUCCGUGUUUGAUCUCGGAAUUUCACACUAAGUGCCACACUGCCCUGCCCACCCACCCCCACCAUUGAUGAUGCAUGUGCGUACACUGAGAAUGUGCUGCAUAAAAGCUGACUUGAUGUUAAUAUACAUACAGCUGUGUGGGUUCUCCUGCGUGAUGGCUUACUACGACAACGAAUAUUUAUAUACUGCUCUUCAACCAAAGUUCUCAAAGUGGUUUACAUAGAAAAAGUAAAUAAAAUAAGACUCAAAAUCUAAAAAGAAACAUAAGGUAGACACCAGCAACAGCCACUGGAGGGAUGCUGCGCUGGGGACGGAUAGGGCCAGUUGCUCUCCCUCUGCUAAAUACAAAAGAAUCGCCACUUUAAAAAGGAGCCUCUUUGCUCAUUUGGCAGGGCAGCCGGGGAGAGAGUUAGCUGUCUCAACCAUGGACUUGGGUUUCCAGACCCCUCGCCACCUUCCUUGCCCUCCUUGGAACCCCUUCCCAUUUAUCAAUGUCACAUCAAGAUGAAUAAAAAACAUCGACCACUGCCCAAAAUCUAAUCUCAAGGCAGCGUGCAGAUAAGGUGGCUUCUUGCAGUUUCCUCCAUGCAAGAGAGGAGAGCUGGUCUUGUGGUAGCAAGCAUGACUUGUCCCCAUAGCUAAGCAGGGUGUGCCCUGGUUGCAUCUGAAUGGGAGACUUGAUGUGUGAGCAUUGGAAGAUCUUCCCCUCAGGGGAUAAUGGGGCCGCUCUGGGGAGAGCAGGAGCUUCCAAGUUCCCUCCCUGGCAGCAUCUCCAAGAUAGGGCUGAGAGAGAGAUUCCUGCCUGCAACCUUGGAGAAGCCACUGCCAGUCUGUGAAGACAAUACUGAGCUAGAUAGACCAAUGGUCUGACUCAGUAUGUGGCAGCUUCCUAUGUUCCUAAAUUUCACCUGGCGUUCGAGCCAGAAUUCAAGAGGCAUGGAACGGUGCAGAGGGGGCCCCUGACACAACAAAGGAACAGAUCAGCAGAAACCUGGUUGUCCCGGACACAUUGAACACACACAUCUGCUGCGGGUAUGUUAGACCUUGGUGCAAGUUCAGACCAACAUUUCAAAACUAGUUGACUGGUAGGAAAACACAUUACUGACAAGAAUAGACUAUUAUAGCAAUCACCUUCCAUCUCCUGAAUAAGCAAUCCAUACAGUACUUUGCAAUGCAUAUGUUUUUGGUGUUGUAAUGGUGCCUUAAUUUAAACUUUCUUUUUAAAACCCUCUGCGGUUCUGCGAAUGUGGGGAGCGUCGGUCGAAUCCUCCACACUGUAAAUUUUCGGUUGUCGCCGCUCCGUACAUGCCUCUUCUGUGUCAGUGUUCUCGUCUCGUCGCGAUGUUUGGUGUGGAAAAGUCCAUCUCUUCUGUACAUUAGAACGAAACCCAAAGCAUGUGGCCAUGUGUUGUCGUCGCUCACAGGUGCGGCAGUGACUGUAAAUUGUACUGUAAAUAUGUAUCAUGGGUUGGGGUUUUUGCAUGCUUUUUGUACUCAAACAGGGAUGGAUGCGCCAAUAAAAAAACUUGGAAUAAACCUACUGGCUG